UGUUUAAGGUGUCUGAAUGUCUGAAUAAGGUUUUAAGUGAUUUGUAGUGUAAAUUUAACAACAAGUUCGAGUUAGUUUAUUCUAUUUAGGUUUUGUGUUAACAUGUUUGAAGCUCCGGUGGAUUUCUCAUUUAAAAGUUUAACAUCUGUAACAGAUGUUCUAUCUGAGGAGGCAAACAUGGGAGUUCGUGCACCCAAAAAGAAUACACAGGGGAAGUACAAAAGCCGUGCCCUUCGUCUUAACAAUAAUGUUAUAUCGGACAUGACGGGACUAAUGGACACUCUCUGUGCUUUAUUUAUGGAGCCGACGCACAUUUCCUGGAUCGAUCUGUCCUUCAACGAAAUCUCACACAUCCAUCCGGUGUUCACUGAGCUUGUGGAGCUGCGGGUGUUGUACCUCCACGGUAACAAUGUUGGUAACCUCUCUGAGGUGGAUAAGUUGGGCGUGUUACCGUUUCUGCACACCAUCACGCUACAUGGAAACACAAUGGAAAACAAGCAAGGCUACAGGAGCUACGUUAUUUCUGCUCUCCCUCAUCUGAAGAUGAUGGACUUCAGUGCCAUCACUAAACAGGAGCGAGCCAUGGCCUUGAAGAAGCCUGGGAGGAACCGCAAACCCACCAGUCGAGGCGCAAAAGACUAAGACAGGCUACAGAAAACAAUUCGAAGCAUUAGUAUUGACUGUGUGGUAGCUGUUACUUAAGUGUCACAUAUAAUUAUUAUGUGGUAGUCGGUGUGCAUUUUGACUUUUCAAACAAAUAAAACAAAUAACAAAACAUACAAA